AUGUCAUCCAGCGCUGCAACUCAACAGGCCAUGCCUAGCAUCGCCGAUAUCCUCUUCGACGCAACUGUUACCCCAGAGGAUGCUGAAGCAAAAUUGACGACGUUUGGAGCCAAGCAGUUGCGGACUGAGUGCUACUUGCGGCAACUUCGCAUUGUUAAGAAGGGACCUGACUGCAAUGACCACAAGGUUGGGUACGUAGCGCUACUCAUGCAGCAAAAGCGUGUAUUCACUGAAAUGCAGAGACUUGGAGUUGAAGACGGUCCGUCCAAGAUACCAGUUGCCGCUGGAAUCAAAAGACGUACUCGACACUGUAUGAUACGCCUUCUGAACGUCAUGUUUUCUGAGACUUUUGCGGGCCGAGUGCACGAAAUUGACGGCAAACCAACUCGUGCAGAGCUAGAUUCUAACCAAACCCAUGCCAGCUCCUCGUUUUGGACGGGCUUUCAUGACGCCUAUCUUAGCGAUCAAGCUGAAUUCGGCAAACUCAACUCGACGCUCCCCUUGUUUGCCAAGUGCAACCCAGCCAUUAUUGUACCUCAUGACGCAGCAAAACUUCGUGAUAUGUGGAAGGACGUCAGUAGUCGAUACAAUACUGCUCUUGCUAACUCCCGCGUGUCAGGUACACACGACAACGACUUUUUCUCCUUUUGUUCCGGGAAGAUCGACGUUAUGUACAUGCACGAGUGGCUAAUCAUCAAGCCCGGGGUAUUGGAGACUGUAGAAGGCAAGCUUCCUAAACGCGCCCGGCUGCAAACCAUGGAUACAAGCAGUGACAGCGAAAGCGAGAUUUCGAGAGAGUCCAAGAGGAAGUGCACCCGAUCCAGGUCCAGCCCAAGCAAAGAUGAUAUGGUGUCAGAAAUUUUGGAGACGAUCCGGAGUAGCAACAACUCCGCUGAGGCAUUGGAGAUAGAUUGUCGCUUUGCUCAGCUUGUCUCCACGUUGAGCUCUCUGCUUUCACUACGAGAGCGGAUUAUGAACGCACCAGACGGCUGCUACACAAAAUAUGACCUUCAAGAAGUCAACGAUGAUAUUGAACAUGUUCGAGCUAAGAAGAAAGCGUUGUUAAAAGACCAGUCGGCCGAGUAG